GUACCGCAGCAGUGGCUGGCGGAAGUGAGGGCAGUGAGCGACGCUGGGCAGCAGUAGCAGCAGUUUGGUGUGACACACGGCGGGGACAUGAGUCUGUUCGAGCUUUUCAGAAGGUUUUUUGAGGCACCGGGGAUGAGGGACCCGUUCUUUGGGGGCCUGACGCAGGAUGAAGAGGAUGACGAUGAAGAUGAGGAUGACUUCUUCCAGCAGUCUGGCCACGGCUUCCAGUCGCCGUUUGGCCACCAGCACCCCUCCUUUCACAACGCUUUUGGCUUUGAGUCGUUCUUCCGGGAUUUCAAUGAGCUAUUUGCAGAUUUCGGGUCAAUGAUUCGUGAUGUUCCCAAUCUACCAGGGAUUGAGCCCCCGAGUCAGAAUCCAGGAGGAUCCAGGAGUGGGUCACUGCGAGACUUCAUGUUAAAAUAUCCAGAUUCCCACCUUCCCCGAGAGCAGUUCCCGUUUUCCCAGGAUUCCAGCAGCCAGGAAGGACCACGCUACCCAGGAUGGCUUCCCCGUGGCAGUAACAGAUGGGAAGAUGGUCCCGUGGCCGUCCCUCCUGGAAACACCAAGCGAGACAGAAUCCUGGACUCAGAGGUCUCUUCUCAUGGUUUGGACUCGAUUCUGAAGCCAACGAACCCAACUUCUUCAUCAUUUUUCCGGAGUGUCUCUAUUUCCAAAGUGAUGAGACCUGAUGGGACAGUGGAGGAGAAGAGAACUGUACAAGACGGGCAGGGUAACACAUCUACCACAGUGACCGUGACAAAAGACGGCCAAGUUAUCGGCAGCAGAACCAGCGAUCCGUCCAGGGGAGCGCUGAUCGAUGAUCGCCAGGACCCCAGGCCCGACUAGCACGGACCACUGCCCACGUCUCUGAUCCAUAGACUAUUUUGAGCCGCAACUCACGGACAUGGCUGCGACUCCAAUGACAGACGCACAAUCAGACUUAAUAUAUUAUAUUUAUAAGCCCAAAACAUGAGCUACUGUGUCCUGCGUCUUGGAUUAGUGACCGUGAAGCCCGUCUUGUUUUACCGCGGAGAUAACGUGCCCAGUCAUCACUUUGUUGUAUGUUGGGGAGACACAUGUACAUAAGCCAAAUAAAGUUUUAUAUUUAGAGUAA